ACGCGGAAAGCGGAUCGGUCUGAGAGACCGGGUUCCGGAGUCGCACUGCGCAUGCCCCGCAGUCAUGGCAGAGGGAGGCGGUGGUUCCCGGCCGCGCGCUGCGCGUGGCAGUGAUUAGUGAUUGUCCUCCGGCUGCUGAGAAGCGAGGGGCGCGGCUGCCGGGUGACUGCGCGGCGGUACCCCCGGAGCGCGGGGCAGCCAGGUCCAUGAGACCGCUGCUUCUUCGCGCCCUGUAGGAGAGACCGUCGCGGGCAGGUUCCGAGUCCUCCGGACCGUCCGCAGAACCGAACCUGAGCGCGGGGCCGGGCUGCGGGACGGCGAGACGGCGGAGAGGAAGGUGAAAUGGCGAGGAAUUUGUCAGUAAUCUUAAUCCUGACCUUCACCCUUUCAGUUACAAAUCCCCUUCGUGAACUAGAAUCAGCUGCUGCUUUUCCUCAGACCACUGAGAAAAUUAAUCCAAAUUGGGAAUCUGGCAUUAAUGUUGACUUGGCAGUUACCACACAGCGACGCCAUCUACAACAGCUUUUCUACCGCUAUGGAGAAAAUAAUUCCUUGUCAGUUGAAGGGUUCAGAAAAUUACUUCAAAAUAUAGGCAUAGAUAAAAUUAAAAGAAUCCACAUACACCAUGACCGAGAGCAUCACUUUGACCAUGAGCAUCAUUCUGACCACGAUCGUCACUCUCACCAUAAUCACGCUGCAUCCAGUAAAAAUAAUCGGAAAACUCUUUGCCCAGAUCAUGACUCUGAUAGUUCAGGUAAAGAGUCUAGAAACAGCCAGGGGAAAGGAUCUCACCGAGCAGAACACACCAAUGGUAGAAGGAAUGUCAAGGAGAGUGUUAGUGCUAGUGAAGUGACCUCAGCUGUGUAUAAUGCUGUCUCUGAAGGAACUCACUAUCUGGAAACAAUUGAGACUCCAAAACCUGGAAAACUCCUCCCCAAAGAUAUAAGCAAUUCCACUCCACCCAGUAUCGCAGAAAAGAGCUGGGUAAGCCGGCUAGUUGGUAGGAAAACAAAUGAAUCUGUGAGUGAGCCCCGAAAAGGCUUUAUGUAUUCCAGAAACACAAAUGAAAAUACUCAGGAGUGUUUCAAUGCAUCAAAACUACUUACAUCUCACGGCCUGAGCAUCCAGGUGCCACUGAAUGCCACAGAGUUCAGCUAUCUCUGCCCAGCCAUCAUCAAUCAAAUUGAUGCCAGAUCUUGUCUGAUUCAUACAACAAGUGAAAAGAAGGCUGAAAUCCCUCCAAAGACCUAUUCUUUACAAAUAGCCUGGGUUGGUGGCUUCAUAGCCAUUUCCAUCAUCAGUUUCCUAUCUUUGCUGGGAGUUAUCUUAGUGCCUCUCAUGAAUCGAGUGUUUUUCAAAUUUCUCCUAAGUUUCCUUGUGGCAUUAGCUGUUGGGACUUUAAGCGGCGAUGCUUUUUUACACCUUCUUCCACAUUCUCAUGCAAGUCACCAUCAUAGUCAUAACCAUGAAGAACCGGCAAUAGAAAUGAAAAGAGGACCACUCUUCAGUCAUCUGUCUUCUCAAAACAUAGAAGAAAGUACCUAUUUUGAUUCCACAUGGAAGGGUCUGACAGCACUAGGAGGCUUGUAUUUCAUGUUUCUUGUUGAACAUCUACUCACAUUGAUCAAACAAUUUAAAGAUAAGAAGAAAAAGGUAAGAAAAAAACAAGCUUCGUUGUCUCAAUGUCCUUUAUGUUUAUCCCUAGGACCUGAAGGGUAUUUACGAGCAGAGUUACAAGAAUCCUCCCACUUUGAUUCUCAGCAGCCAGCAGUCUUGGAAGAAGAAGAAGUUAUGAUAGCUCAUGCUCAUCCACAAGAAGUCUACAAUGAAUAUGUACCUCGAGGGUGCAAGAAUAAAUGCCAUUCACAUUUCCAUGACACACUCGGCCAGUCAGACGAUCUCAUCCACCACCAUCAUGAUUACCAUCAUAUUCUCCAUCACCACCACCACCAAAACCACCACCCUCACAGUCACAGUCAGCGCUACUCUCGGGAGGAGUUGAAAGAUGCUGGCAUUGCCACAUUGGCCUGGAUGGUGAUAAUGGGUGAUGGCCUGCAUAAUUUCAGCGAUGGCCUUGCAAUUGGUGCUGCUUUUACUGAGGGUUUAUCAAGUGGUUUAAGUACUUCGGUUGCUGUGUUUUGUCACGAGUUGCCUCAUGAAUUAGGUGACUUUGCUGUUUUACUAAAAGCUGGCAUGACUGUUAAGCAAGCUGUCCUUUAUAAUGCUUUGUCAGCCAUGCUGGCAUAUCUUGGAAUGGCAACGGGAAUCUUCAUUGGUCAUUAUGCUGAAAAUGUUUCUAUGUGGAUAUUUGCACUUACUGCUGGCUUAUUUAUGUAUGUUGCUCUAGUUGAUAUGGUACCUGAAAUGCUGCACAAUGAUGCUAGUGACCAUGGAUGCAGCCGCUGGGGAUAUUUCUUUUUACAGAAUGCUGGAAUACUUUUAGGUUUUGGAAUUAUGUUACUUAUUUCUGUAUUUGAACAUAAGAUUGUGUUUCGUAUAAACUUCUAGUUAGGAUAUAAAUGCUAGAGUAGAUUGUAAAAUUGCUGUCAUAGUUCGAAUAGGUCACAGGGAGUUGAGUUUGUAUGCUGUGAUAUGCAGCGUUUAAAGUUAGUGAAUUUUGUGAUUUUUGUAUUAAUAUUGCCAUCUGUUAUAAGGUCAAUUAUGGUGGUAAUAUAAAGGUACUUUUUAAUGUUUAAGUUAUUGUAUUUUGGAAGUGUAAACUAUAUGUGCAGUUUAUCACUAUUACCAGUCUAUCACAUAAACAAGGGAUUUGGCAUGACAUGUGCUGUAUAUGUCAAGAAAAAUGUCCUUAAUACUUUUCCUAGAAUUAAUUUAACUCAGUAGAUCUUAUGCUGGACCUUAAGCAGCUGAAGAACUGCUGGUGUUUAGAAGUAAGAACAUGAGAAUAUCCAUGAAGCCUAAGAUAUCAAUAAAGCUAAGGAAUAAGGGGGAAAGAGAAGAAUCUGAGAAUUGAGACAUAGAUUUCCUAUAAAAUCACAAAGUUCGUUAUAAGUUAGAGGAGGAAAACUUAGAUGUAAAUUUCAAAAGGCAGAAUUAGUAUAGAGUACAUUCAUAGACAUUUUUCAUCUGAGUUUAAUGUUCCUGUAAAAAGCACUUUUCAUGUACUAAUUUAGUUGUACAUUUAACUUUGUAUAAUACAUAAGUCUAAAUAUAUUUAAUGAAUUCAGGCAACCUAUCACUUGACCAAGAAAUUGGAUUUUAAAUAUUUGUGCAGAGAUAUACCAGAUGAAUGUAGUGAGUAAUGUUACGUAACACUAGAAGAAGUGGUUAUUGCCAAGUUAUGUAUCACCAGAACUUAUUUGAUUGGCCGUUCUGGUUAUCUGGUUUGCCAGGUGUCAGAGUAGUAAAUAUUUGUUAUAUAUGAAGACAUUAAAACCACAUGAGUGUAAUUUUGACUUCUUAGAUUCAGAAAGUACUUCGGUGUCUGUCAGUCAGUGCUCCAAUUUGUCAUUGUGAGCAGUUGUCAUUUUAUGUACAGUAUGGUAGACAGGGCUGUCUGUGGCAUUCUCUAGAUGUUUCUUUUUUACAAAAUAAAUUCCUCA